GCGCGACCGCGUUCCUUCUCCCCCAAGGACCUUCCUGGAUCUGGUUCUUUGAGGUUACUGUUCAGAGGCCGGCGCGCGCCGGUGGGGACGCGAUCUCGUGGAAUGCGAGGGGGGCCUGUAGAGUUGAAGGAGUCCGCAGCAGACCCAGGUGACGCCCGUUUGUUCCACGAAAGGAGCGGAGGCUAGUUUACGGCGGACCCCGCAUCCCCCGAGGUGUCGGGGUACUCCAGGGGGGAUGGCUACACGUUCGCGCGAGAAGAGGCUCUGCGCAGGCGCGGGCGGGCCCGGGAAAUCCGCGGGUACCAGUCUCCCAGCCCCAGGGGACGAGAGGAAGGCUGGGAGUUUAGGUCCAUCAGGGACAGCGAGCGGAGGCAGGCAGAAGAUGAAGGAGAGAUUAAGAGCUGGAUACAGCAUUUCCUACUGAAAAGAGCUCAUUGGGAAACAAGAAUGAAAAAGAUACAAUGCUUGCCCUGGCAGAGUCUACAUUAUAAUAUGGAGACAAAAUGUUUACUCAUGCACGGAGAGAUCGGUGGGAGAGAGAAGAAGCUGCUGGAGACCUAAGGCCCACAGAGUUGAUUCCUGUCUGUUGAUAAAACUGUCUUCUCGUGUUCUUUUCUGGAGGAAUCAAAUGAGCAAUGCUGGGAAAGACACAGUCAGCUGUGAUGGACUUGCGGACAAAAUGCAGCUUGGCCAGCCCCACGCUUGGUUAGAGGACUGCGAUGUUCCUGGGGUUAGUUACAUUCACCUCUGGUCAGGAUGAGGUCUGAGGCAGAAGCCAGUCCCGCGGCGCUGCUCACUGCCUAGCUCAGGAAUUCAGGGCUGGGAAAAUUGAGCCUAGUCACCCCACCUGGCGACCACAGCGGAUCCGACCCGGGCUCCAGCCGCACCUGCAGCAGCUGACCACGUGACCGCCGCCAGUUCCAUGGAUCAAACACAGAGAGGAAUCCUGGGCCAGCCCGAGCCGGUCCCCACCACCCAGCCCAAGAAGAAAAGGACGUCAGUGAUGUCUUUCUUUUCCAAGGUCUCUUGGUCACUGAGGUUCCAGAAGCGGGAGUCUCUGAAGAAUGUGUUUUCCAUCUUGGCAGAAAGAGCCCAGGACCCCAACGCUAAAAAGCGCCACAUGGCAAUGAGAGGCCUGGGAACCAUGGCCUGUGAGACCCCUGACAAGGUGAGAAAGUAUAAGAAAAUUGUCCUAGACCUGCUGGUGCAUGGAUUGUAUGACCCUGUGAGUGCUGAAGUCAUCCACGAAAGCUUGAAGACACUGACCAUCAUCUUGGGCAAGAUCCAGGGGAAAAGUCUAGGCUCUUUCUUCGUAGACAUCACUCUCCAGACCAGGACUUUAUUAGAUGAUGAGAAUGACAACCUGAGAUACUCAGCCUUCGUCUUGUUUGGCCAAUUGGCGGCCUUUGCUGGGCGGAAAUGGAAGACAUUUUUCACCAGCCAGGUCAAGCAGACUCAAGAUUCCCUCCUGAUACAUUUACAGGACAGAAAUCCGCAGGUUGCCAAGGCUUGCAAAACAACAUUUAGAGCCUGUUCUCCAUAUCUGAAAGAAAGAAAGGAAACCGGCUUCCAGACCGAAGAAGAUCAAAGGAACCCUAAACUCUGCCGGCAGCUGAGCCACUAUCAUCCAGAGCUCCUGCAGUUCUUCUAUGCAAAUAAGAUUCUGUAAACACAGAGCCGCAGGGAAAUUGUUCCAGUGAAGCCAGCCGCCAUGUAAGAUGCCAGAUUACCAGGAACGAAGAAGAAUGUCUGAGAUCACCAUUUUGGAGGAAAGACCAGGCUAACUGCAUGGGAUGCCAUGUGGAGAGAUGACGAACCCAAUCCACAGUGAAGUCUGAGGUCCAGACCCGUGACUCACGUUGGCCGUUCCAGCCAGACUCCGGCUGUCCACAUGACCCAGCUGACACCAGCUGUCUCCAUGAAGCCCAUCCCAAGUUGCAAAAUUGUAAGCAAGUGAAUCAAAUGAUUGCUGUUUUAAAGCGCUAACUUCUGGGAUAGUUUGUCACCUGGCAAUAAGUAACCAAAAGAGGUUCCUAAUCACUAAUUUUGUCAUUUGGCCAGUUUUGUUUUGCUCUUAUUAAGUCCUCUUUGAGUUUAAACUAUAUUUCUAGAAAGUUAUAUUAUGAUGGAAUUCUGCAGUGAGAGCAAGGGAUGCCUUUUUUUGGACCUUGUUGGACCUUUGGAUGCCUUGUUCUCCUUUUUCUAUCUCACCCUGUGCAUCACAGGACCCAGCAUGCAGCAGCUGAUCCAGAAACAUUUGCUCAAUGACUAAAUAGUUGCAAAUUGUAGCGGGAACAGCAUCCAAAGUAGUUUGCUACUCUGGGCUUUUAGCCAUGGGCUCACACUCUUCCUUUCCAGCUUUUUCUUCUGUUACUCUUUUUGCUUUAGCCAAGUUUGGCUCCUCUCUCUUUAAACCCUUCUUGGUCUCUUAGGCUCCUUUGCCUUUGCUCAGUCUCCUUUUGCUUUGAAUCCCCUCCCCCCAGCCAUGCAUACACACAUCUCAGGUGUAUAUCUUCUCUGUACUCUAAGACUGAUCAUUGCCCGAUUCCCUCAAUCAGGAAAGAGCUCGCAUCUCUGAAUUCCCAGAACAUUCUAGCAGUCUUAUGCUGCUUGACAUGUUUGAUCUCUUUGAAAGUUUUUACCUCCAUGUCUUUUUCCCCCUGGUUCAAGGGAAGCUGCUGAAGGAGGGAUCCUACACAUCUAGCUUUGUGUCUGUCACAUGACCUCAAAGGUACUCAGUAAGUGCUUAGUAAAUAAAUGUGGAUUGGGGAGGAAAAAGUCUGGAAGUCAUCUGAAGCUACUUCCCCUUGGGAGAAGCCCAUUUUGUCAAAUGAGGACCAUCACUUCUCUCCUUAUAACCCAUCUGUAGGUGACUUAUAUGCUUGUUUACUUAAGUAACCCUUUCCCUGUAAGAUGCCUGUUAAUUUGCUAUUCUAAAGGUAAGGCUUUGACAUUUUUUUUACUUUUAAACACUAGAUAUGCAACAGUUGAGUGAAUUAAAGAAAGAAAAAGGAAUGUUCAGGUGUUACCGUGCUAUGUGCUCAGGGUAGAGAUGCACAUAAAACAUGGUCACUACUUCCCAUUGCCCAAUGAUGAACCUUUCUUAAAGGGAAGGAGAAAGGAGAAAAAGACAAAGAAGGAAGUAGAAAAUCUAACGAGUAAAAUCAGUACUGGAACUCACUGUGAACAGAAUCCAGUGGAAUUCCGGUCCAUAAUGUUGAGUUAUAAAAAGCACGAGUGUGUUUUACAAGGACAGAAAUAGCAGCUGUGUGGACAGCUAGCAGAUAGUGCUAGAAAUAAGGCAAAUAUGUAUUUGUGCUUUUCUGCAUUUUCCAGGUUUUCAGCAAUAAGCAUGUAUUACUUUUGCAAUCAUAGAACACAUGUAAAAAUGGACUCCGUAUUGGUGUGUCAGGGGCGUGCUGCUUAUUGGUGUGUAAGGCGGCGUGCUUCGGAGAGCCUGGGAUGGUUUUCGCUCAUUCUCAGUAGCAUGUGUUUGCCUUUGUCCUUUUGUGACAUUGUCGUUUUAGCCUAUCAAUGACAAAUAAAGUGACUU